UCUUCGUUUAUGAAGACGGGCUGGAGGACAGUUUGGUAUGUUAGUUAGGCUUCACCUGUGACCAUGGCAGGAACCUUUCUAUUUGUGUUCAGCGCCAUAUUUCUUUUUAACUCUUGCUAUGGAGGCUACGUGCUCACCACGCCGCGUCAGUGGACGGUUGGGGAGAGGACGAAAGUGUGCGCCUUCCUUCUUGGGAAUCCUCCCGCCGGCGUCCUCAACGUGCUCCUCGAGAGCACCCAACCCUCUCCAGAUGAACAGGGGACCGUGCUGACGACGGUUCUGAAUUUUCCCGCAGGUCAAAGAGCGUGGUGUGAAGAGGUAUAUGUACCGGAAACGGUACUUUACCAGGGCAGGAUGGAGGUGACGGGUCAAGUGGGUGGUUCAGUAGUCAACCAUACCGGGAUCAUCAGCCUCAAGCACACGAACCCCAUCACCUUCAUCCAGACAGAUAAGGCCUUUUACCUACCAGGUCAAACGGUUCAGUUCAGGAUUCUCACCAUCACCGGACCCUACAUGCACGUCUCUACUCAAAACUACACGCGAGUGUGGGUCAGCACCCCUUCUGACAUCCGCAUUGCUCAGUGGACUAACGUGGACAACUCCAGAGGCCUCGUUCAUCUCUCCCUACAGGUGGCUAACGAACCCGAACAGGGUACCUAUACCAUUCACGUGGAAUCGGCGUCGGCAAAACAUGUCUAUAGUUUUGGUGUGAAAGAAUACGUUCUACCACGCUUUGAAGUUGAGGUAUUGGUUAACGACUACAGCCUGGCUACGGACAGCUACUUCAACUUUACUGUUUGUGCACGAUACACAUUUGGUCAACCAGUGAAGGGCGCGGUAAAGCUACAGGUCGAUAAUGGUCAGACAAUGUCAUGUCUCUUCAACGUCACGAAAACCAAUACGAUAUCAGAAUGCAGCGAAUUUGUAGUGAAUGCAGAGGAAAUGCAAGUGAUAGACUGUCAGGUGUACUCUGUGCACGCGGUGGCGCGGGUGACUGAGGAGGGCACCGGGGUGGAGCUGACGGGCGAGGCUACCCUCCCUGUCUCCCGCACCCAAGUCUCCCUCACGCCCGUCUACCAGGACAAGUACAUGAAGCCUUACCUGCCCUUCACACUCCAGGUGAGAGCAGAGUUGCCAGACAAGUCUCCAGCCUCCGGGGUGGCCGUAGAGGCGUGCGCUGCCGGGAAGUGUACAGUGAUGGUCACCCCUCCAGAUGGUCUCCUUACCGUUGUCCUCCCUUCCUACGCCACUAAAAGGCUCUUCAUGAAGACGUUGAACUGCCGUGCGGGCAUGACGGAAGGUACUUAUUCCAUAGACCUGCAGCACUACUACUCUCCUUCAAACUCUUCACUGCUAAUCUAUGCACCUGGUGGACUGCUGGACUGUAUUCCUGGCAAAUCUCGGCAAUACAGCCUGAGUGUAUUCUAUGUUUCAAAUCCGGUCAUUGCUACAAUCGCCGUCCAGGUGGUGUCGCGUGGUCAGAUCCAGUUCUGGAAGGUGCAAGAGUACGAACUGGUGGAGAAAGACCUGCCUGUUAUCAAGGGCUUGGUGGCACCCCUUCCCCGUCACCCCAACACCACAGUAAAGGGCUUCAUCCAAAUUCCCAUAAAUCUACCUCCCACAGCUUCCACCACAGUCAUGGUGGUCGUGUGGUACACGAGACGGGACGGAGAGGUGGUGUCGGACGCCAGGGAGCUGAGAGUAGCAAAAUGUUUGGGUAACCCCGUAACUCUGGCCUGGGCGGCGACGGACGCUCAACCCGGCGACACCACUACGUUCUCGCUCUCCUCGGAGCCAAAUUCCUUGUGCAGUCUCGGUGUUGUGGACAAAAGCACAGAGUUACUGUCGACAAGAGAAGAUCCCAUUACAACGGAUAAGCUUUUCAACUACGUCGAUAAUUUCAACAUAUAUCCUUGGCUUAACACUCAAGUCAAUGACUACGUGUACUGUAAAAAUCAAUUUGAAAAAUUGUCGCCAUUUCAGUCACCUGCAGACGCCUCGCCUACUCUAGAGAAGUUCAGAGACCAGUACGACUACUACACCAAUUAUGUUGAUGCACUCAAGAUGUUUGACGAUUCUGGUCUGUACAUCUUCACCGACUUUACUGUAGAGACGAGGCCUUGUGAAAAGGAAGCCUGGCGGCCGGUUGUGUUCUAUGAUAGUAUAAAGCCUUCGCUCGUGUCAAAGGUGACUGCAACUACUGCAACACUUCAGCUGCAGACCCAGGGAAGUGCCGAGGGUACCACAGUCCCCAGGACAAACUUCCCAGAGACAUGGUUGUGGAACCUUCUUGUACAACCGUCAACUGGAGUGACGAAGCAAAAGGUUAAAGUACCAGACACCAUCACCGAGUGGGUGGGCAAGGCCGUGUGUGUCCAUCCACUGAAGGGCGUCGGUCUCUCUCCCGCGGCCUUCAUCACCAUCACUUCACCGUUCUUCCUUGACCUUACCCUUCCGCCUUCAGUCAAGCGCGGAGAGAUAUUGCCCGUCAAAAUAUCCGUUUUCAAUUACAUGAAUCUAUCCUUGCCGGUUACAGUGACGCUGCAGGAGAGUACAGAAUACAAGAUCGUGGACGAGCCGGGUACGAGUGUCGCAACAGGGCGAAGGACUUCAUGUGUGGGAGCGCAGGAGAAAGUUGUGCACACUGUUAAGUUAGACUUGCUGGCACUAGGCGAAGUAAACAUUACAGUGGCAGCUUUUGUUGACCAUUUGAGUGCUCUGCAGUGUGGUCCAGGACUUGACAUUAGUAGGAGCGAUGCUUUGAUAAAGCCCAUCAAAGUGGAAGCGGAGGGUUUUCCUAAAGAAAAAACUUGGUCGAAGUACGUCUGUUCAAAAGAACUGAUGGCUCGGGAGGAUUCCCUUGAAGAGUGGGAGUUAGUGGUCCCGGCGGUCACCGUUGUCGGCUCUGAGAGAGCUUGGGUCACCGUAGUUGGUGACCUCAUGGGUCCAACACUAGAGAAUCUUGGUUCCCUGAUCCGCAUGUCGUAUGGAUGUGGGGAACAGAACAUGAUCAAUUUUGCCCCAAACAUCUUCAUCCUGGAGUACUUGGAGGCCUCUCGGCAGGUGACUCCUGAAGUACGAAAGAAACUCCUCAGUUUCAUGAACACAGGAUACCAGCGUCAGCUGCUGUACCGUCGUGUAGAUGGGUCCUUCAGCGCCUUCGGCAAUGCUGACCCGUCUGGCUCUACGUGGCUGACGGCCUUCGUUCUGAAGUCCUUCGCACAGGCGCGUCAAUAUAUACUAAUAGACGAGGCUAGCCUCAAAGCGACGAGCACAUGGCUGAACACGCAACAAAGUACAGAUGGAUGUUUCAUUUCCGUGGGAACGGUAAUUCACAAGGAUAUGAAGGGAGGCAGAAACGGGAACGACUCGAGCGUACCGCUGACAGCCUACGUCCUCAUCUCUCUGCUGGAGGCUGGCAACAUUCCCUCCAGUCCUGACGUCUUGCGAGCUCUCCAGUGCCUCUUGAACAGCAAGCAAAGCCUCGACCCUUACAUCCUAGCACUCGAGGCCUACGCCCUGACUCUUGCUAGUCACCCAGAGGCACCACGGGUACUGCAGCUGUUGCUAGACCAAGCUAUAGUUGAAACAAAUGCAGCUUAUUGGAAGCUUAGAGACACGCCAGGUAGCAGCAUGGGCAUAGCAGUGGAGACGGCUGGGUAUGCUGUUCUUGCCAUGAUGACACUCGAUGCUGACAGUCCUAACCCUUUGACCAGGAAAGUAAUAAAUUGGAUCACCACUCAGAGAAAUGGCCAAGGUGGUUUUCACUCGACACAAGACACGGUGGUGGCUGUGCAAGCUCUUGGUGUGUACGCGACCCAUCAGUACCAAGGCCCGAUGGAUGUGAAGACUACAGUAACCGCUGCUGGGGACAUUCAUAUUUUCUUAAUAAAUGAAUCUAAUAAAUUGUUGCAGCAGUUUGGCAAGCUUCCAACUCUCCCUACCAAUGUGUCAAUAGGAUUGGAAGGUCAAGGUUGUGUUGUUGUGCAGGCCGUUCUUAGGUACAACAUCCCCAUCCCAGAGUCCGGGCAAGCUUUUAGCUUGACGGUAGAGACGCAGACGGAGCCCGACGUGGCGUGCGUUACCAAACGCAUUACUGCUUGCGCCAGCUACCUUCUUGCCGACGGCAGCUCCAACUUGGCGGUGAUUGAGGUGAAGGUGGUGUCCGGCUACGUAGCGGAGAAAGCUGACCUGGAAGACCUUGUGAAGGCAAGCAAGGUUAAGAGAUACGAGGAAGUUGGGAGCUUGAUUUCAUUUUAUCUGGCAGAGUUGACUAUUGCUAGAACGUGUGUGACCUUCCGCGUAGUGCGCGAUGUUGACGUAGAGAAUAUGAAGCCAGGCACGGUGAGCGUCUACGACUACUACAAGCCAGAGUUCUCGCUCGGGAAGAGCUACAGUCUUCCGAUGGCAAGCGAGUGCAGGUUGCUUCAUCAGUGACCCGCAUCUUCUAGAGAAUCUUAGAGCCAACUAAAUCUCCUCCCUUAAACUGUAAUCUGUUAUUGGUUAUUAAAGUAUAUUAAACUUU